CUUUUGUACCUAAACCUCACACACACAAACACACACACUCUCUCUCUCUCUAUCGCUCGCUGUUACUACUCGUUUUCCUUUUCCUCUCUUUCGUCUUCUUCCCAUUUCUCCCAGAAGCUGCAGAGAUUAGCAAAUCAUGGCGGGUGGUGGAGCUCCAGCACCCAAAGCUGACGAACCUCAACCACAUCCUCCCAAAGAUCAGCUUCCCAACAUUUCUUACUGCAUCACCAGUCCUCCUCCUUGGCCUGAAGCUAUUCUUCUUGGGUUUCAACAUUACCUUGUGAUGCUUGGCACAACAGUCCUCAUACCUACUGCUCUUGUUCCCCAGAUGGGAGGUGGAUAUGAAGAGAAGGCAAAGGUGAUCCAGACUAUUCUCUUUGUUUCCGGUAUCAACACAUUGCUCCAAACACUCUUCGGGACUAGACUGCCUGCUGUAAUUGGAGCGUCCUACACUUUUAUACCAACGACAAUAUCCAUUAUCCUCUCAGGCAGAUUCAGUGAUACCUCAAACCCUAUAGAUCGCUUUGAAAGGAUAAUGCGGGCAACCCAGGGCGCCUUGAUUGUUGCUUCAACUCUACAGAUGAUUCUUGGUUUCAGUGGCCUCUGGCGUAAUGUUGUUAGGUUCUUAAGUCCUAUUUCAGCUGUUCCGCUGGUGGGUCUCGUUGGAUUUGGGCUAUACGAGUUUGGUUUCCCGGGGGUUGCUAAAUGCAUAGAGAUUGGGCUGCCUGAGCUGCUUAUUCUAGUAUUUGUUUCGCAGUACCUGCCUCAUGUGAUCAAAUCAGGGAAAAAUGUGUUUGACCGGUUUGCUGUAAUAUUUGCGGUGGUGAUUGUAUGGAUCUAUGCUCACCUUCUUACAGUUGGUGGGGCUUACAAUGGUGCUGCACCAACUACACAAACAAGUUGCAGGACUGAUCGUGCUGGCAUCAUAGGUGCUGCCCCAUGGAUAAGAGUUCCAUGGCCUUUCCAGUGGGGUGCCCCUUCGUUUGAUGCUGGAGAAGCUUUUGCAAUGAUGAUGGCUUCCUUUGUUGCUCUAGUUGAGUCAACCGGUGGUUUUAUCGCUGUCUCAAGAUAUGCAAGUGCGACGAUGUUGCCACCUUCUAUUCUCAGCCGUGGUAUUGGCUGGCAGGGAGUUGCGAUUCUGAUAUCCGGGUUGUUUGGUACUGGUGCUGGAUCCUCUGUCUCUAUAGAAAAUGCUGGACUAUUAGCCUUGACAAGAGUUGGUAGUCGAAGGGUUGUCCAGAUAGCUGCAGGCUUCAUGAUCUUCUUCUCUAUUCUCGGAAAAUUUGGAGCUGUGUUCGCGUCAAUUCCUGCACCUAUAAUUGCUGCUUUAUACUGUCUCUUCUUCGCCUACGUUGGAGCUGGAGGUUUGAGUUUUCUUCAGUUCUGCAACUUGAACAGCUUCAGGACUAAGUUCAUCUUAGGCUUCUCUGUCUUCCUGGGCUUGUCAAUCCCUCAAUACUUCAAUGAGUACACCGCAAUCAAAGGCUAUGGUCCGGUCCACACAGGCGCUCGUUGGUUCAACGAUAUGGUGAAUGUCCCGUUCUCCUCGGAACCUUUUGUUGCUGGCUCCGUAGCCUUCUUCUUGGAUAACACAUUGCACAAGAAAGACUCUUCGAUAAGGAAAGACCGAGGAAAGCAUUGGUGGGACAAGUUUAGAUCUUUCAAAGGUGACACAAGAAGUGAAGAAUUCUACUCUCUUCCUUUCAAUCUCAACAAGUAUUUCCCUUCUGUCUAAAUGGGAAGAGAGAGAGAGAAGACCAAAGAGUUUACCAGAAACAAAGAAAAUGGUGAAAACUGAGAGUUUCGCCAUUGUUACCUUGAGCUUUUUAACCUCUGUGUCUUGGUUCUUUUGUUCUGUUCCUUUCCACAACUCUGGAAACUUUAAAUAUCUCUCACUUUCUAUAGUCUUAUUUACAAGAAUGAUCAUGAAUUUAAGGGCAUUGUUGUUUACUCUCUCUAAUGCUUUUGUCUUUGUAAAUCCAAGGGUACACAACUUUGAGAUUUUUAUUAGUAUCUAAACAAGUCUUUAGUUUGA